AUGGAGCUGCAGCCGCUGGAGGACAGCCCGAGCGGCCCGAAGCGGCCGCGCCGCCAGCCGGCCGCGCUCAGCUCGCCCUUCUGCCGCUACCUGCUGCAGAGGGAUAUGCUCACCGCCGAGCCGGUGGACCUCUCGCUGGUGGAGGUCACACCGCCGUCGCCAUCCGCUGGCGCAGUCAGCGCCACGGCCGCCCGUUUGCUGUCUGGGGACUCCCCGCUCAGCGACUCCCUGAGAGAGUGUCUGGACGGCACGGACCCGUCCCAGGUCGAGCUGACCCCGGCCGACCUCGCCGACCCGGCCGCCUCCGACGCAGCCGAGCCGGCCACCAUGGUGACUGUCCGAGCGGCAGACGUGGCGGCGGUGGCACCAGCUCCAGGGGGCCUCGCUGCGGGCCCUGCAACGGCCGACCCACCGCCUGCCGCCAGAUCCCCUGGCCAGGGAGACCCUACGGCCGACGACUCGGGCCCCGUCGCCAGGGAGCACACAGACGGCCCGACGGUGGAUAUCACGGCCCCAGAGCCAAAUGACGAGGGCUACCGGUCGCUGACGUCGACCAGCAGCGGCGCCUCGCUGCCGGCGGCCGCCAGCCCCCCGCGGUCGGCGCUGGCCGACGUCAGCAACCAGUCAGCCGGCGGCGACACGUCCCAGCUCAGCCGCAUCGGACUACACGCCCUGUCCGAGGAGUGGACGGACGCCAGCGGCGCGCUGCCGACAGAGCCACCUGUCGACGGCGAGGAGAACCAGCGCCGCAAAACGCUGACCGACAGGGAUACCAACCCGAUGGCGCACCGCAAGAUCGGCGCCUCGCGCAAGCGACGCAGCGUGCUGUUCGAGACCGCCCUGUGA